CCUCGCUUUGUUAUUCACGAUCUUCAUCUAACUCUACAAAGGCCAAUUUGCGAUCAUGAUCUGCCAACGAUAACAUCAACUCAACAUGUUGUACUCUUGGAAAGCACUUGUGCUGCUGAUCGCGGCACAUACAAUUGCAGCUAUUAAUCUGAAUGUUUCCGACCCAGGAUCUAUUCGAGAUGCAGCCAGCACAAUUGCCUAUGGAAUGAUGAAGUAUUACACUGGCAACAUUACGAACACACCUUCCACAGUUGCGGUGCUUCCUGCGCCAUAUUACUGGUGGGAAAGCGGGGCCAUGUGGGGUGCCCUUCUCGAUUAUUAUCAUUAUACUGGCGACUCUUCGUAUAACAAUGUCACAACUCAAGCCCUGUUAUCACAGGUAGGACCUGAUUGGGAUUAUAUGGUCCCUCUACACCAGAAAGAUGAAGGGAACGAUGAUCAAGCAUUCUGGGGCUUCGCAACAAUGUCUGCUGCAGAAAAAGAUUAUCCACAACCCACCAUUGGAAACUAUUCUUGGGUUCAACUCACAGAGAAUCUUUGGAAUACUCAAGUCCGUCGUUGGGACAACACGUCAUGCGCAGGAGGUCUCAAAUGGCAGAUCUUUACCUUCAAUAAUGGCUACGACUACAAAAAUUCUGUUUCGAAUGGUGGCUUCUUCCAGCUUUCGGCUCGACUCGCUCGCUUUACUGGGAACCAGACAUAUCUCGAUUGGGCCAAUAGGUCAUUAAAGUGGUCUAUGGAUAUCGGACUCAUAACCCCAGACUAUCAUGUGUUUGACGGCACAGAUGAUACGAAAAACUGUACGACUCAAGACGAAGUCAUAUGGACCUACAAUGCAGGAAUAUAUCUAUAUGGGGCAGCUGUCAUGUACAACUAUACCAACGGCUCCGCGAUCUGGCAACAGCAUACCGAAGGAUUCUUGAACGCGACAGCCAACUUCUUCUCCCCAUACGACAAUUCCACCAACAUCAUGUAUGAACCUCCAUGUGAACCAGUCAACACUUGUGAUACCGAUCAAUUCUCCUUCAAAGGUUAUCUUUCUCGCUUCAUGUGGGGAACUACUCAACUGGCCGCUUUUACUACCGAUGCUGUCACGACUCUUCUUAGUACCACUUCACAAGCUGCUGCUCAGAGCUGCUCUGGAGGAACGGACGGCGUCACUUGUGGAGAAAAAUGGUAUGUGGGAGACUGGGAUGGGAGCUUCGGGGUUGGUCAGCAAAUGAGCGCCCUUGAAACUAUCCAUGGUCUUUUAGUCGGCCAAAGUGUCCCACCAUUACACAGCAAUCAAGUCCAUCUCAAAGCUCCAGAAACCACGACGACAGCUCCAGUGCCUUCAGCAACCACAACAAGUGCAGCAAAGCCGAGUAAGAAUGCAGCAAGUCCUCAAGCCACUGGAGUUAUGAUUGAUUGGGCAUCCAUUAUCGCGGUGCUGGGCAUUGCGGCUGGGAGUGAGUUUGCAUCUUGAGGAAAGAGGGAUGUUGAUUGAGUCAUAUUGUUGUAUUUGCAUAGAGUAGUUGCAUUAGAGC